AUGGCGGCGGCGCUGCGCCUGUGGGGGCUGCUGGCCGCGGCGUGGGCCGGGGCCGCGGCCGCGGCGGCGCCCCGCACCCUGGUGCUGCUGGAGAACGGCAGCCUGCGCGACACGCACUCGCUCUUCUUCCGCAGCCUGGCGGACAGAGGCUUCGACCUCACCUUCCGCACCGCGGACGACGCCGGCCUGUCGCUGAUCAAGUACGGCGAGUUUCUCUAUGACAACCUGAUCAUCUUCUCCCCAUCCAUAGAAGAUUUUGGUGGGAACAUCAAUGUGGAGACCAUCACUGCUUUCAUUGAUGGUGGUGGCAGCGUCCUGGUCGCCGCCAGCUCGGAUAUUGGUGACCCUCUGCGGGAGCUGGGCAGCGAGUGUGGCAUCGAGUUUGAUGAGGAGAGGACAGCAGUCAUCGACCAUCACAACUAUGACAUAUCUGACCCUGGCCAGCACACCCUGAUCGUGGCAGAUGCUGAGAACCUCCUGAAGGCCCCCACCAUUGUGGGGAAGGCAGUGCUGAACCCCAUCCUGUUCCGAGGAGUUGGAAUGGUGGCUGAUCCUGACAACCCCCUGGUGCUGGAUAUCCUGACUGGUUCUUCCACCUCCUACUCCUUCUUCCCAGACAAGCCCAUUACUCAGUACCCUCACGCCGUGGGCAGGAACACGCUGCUGGUCGCGGGGCUGCAGGCGCGCAACAACGCCCGCGUGGUCUUCAGCGGCUCCCUCGACUUCUUCAGCGAUGCCUUCUUCAACUCCGCCGUGCAGAAGGCCACCCCCGGCUCCAAGAGGUACUCGCAGACAGGCAAUUACGAGCUGGCUGUGGCCCUGUCCCGCUGGGUGUUCAAGGAGGAGGGAGUGCUGCGUGUCGGGGCCGUGUCCCACCACCGCGUGGGGGAGCUCACUCCUCCCAACGCCUACACUGUCACCGACCUCGUGGAGUACAGCAUCGUCAUCGAGAAGCUGUCCGAUGGCAAGUGGGUGCCCUUUGACGGAGACGACAUCCAGCUGGAGUUCGUCCGCAUCGAUCCCUUCGUGCGCACCUUCCUGAAGAGGAAUGGCGGUAAGUACAGUGUGAGAUUCAAGCUGCCCGAUGUCUACGGAGUGUUCCAGUUCAAAGUGGACUACAACCGGCUGGGCUACACACACCUCUACUCCUCCACCCAAGUGUCGGUGCGGCCCCUCCAGCACACGCAGUACGAGCGGUUCAUCCCCUCAGCCUACCCCUACUACGCCGGUGCCUUCUCCAUGAUGGUUGGGCUCUUCUUGUUCAGCAUCGUCUUCCUGCACAUGAAGGAGAAGGAGAAGUCCGACUGAGCUCCCUCUGGGAGGAAGAGCCUUUUCCCUGGCCCCAGGCAGCGCUCAGGCCCCUCUGGUGAGGACUGGCAGGUGCCAGAGAGGCACUGGGUUUGCAUCUGGGCUUUGUUUUCGCACAUGGAGGCAUUCACAGGAAAGAAGAUGAAAUCCUGGGGGGGAAGUGUGUUGCCAAAGCAUCUUCAGCGCUGGAGCCAUGACUCCUGUGGGGGUGUUCCUGGAGUUCACCGUGUUAGUCUCUCCCUGCUGUUGGAAUGGUUUUGAUUGGAGGUCUUCUCCCUUCCCAAAAUAAAAUCUGGUUCUUUUCA